AUGAUCUCUUUUUUUCUCCGUUUUGAAAAGGACCUUAAAGGCUUCGAUCCAGGGGAGAAGUACUUUUAUAACACAUCGUGGGGAGAUGUUUCUCUCUGGGAACCGUCUGGAAAGAAAGUGAGAUAUCGAACAAAGCCAUACUGUUGUGGCCUCUGUAAAUACUCGACAAAAGUGCUUACUUCAUUCAAAAAUCAUUUACAUCGUUACCACGAAGAUGAGAUUGACCAAGAGCUGGUGAUCCCUUGCCCAAACUGUGUGUUUGCCUCUCAACCCAAAGUCGUGGGGAGGCACUUCAGAAUGUUCCAUGCUCCUGUUCGGAAAGUCCAGAACUACACAGUGAAUAUUUUGGGCGAAGCUAAAACAUCGAGGAGUGAUGUGAUAAGCUUUACCUGUUUAAAAUGCAACUUUUCAAACACUCUGUACUACAGCAUGAAGAAGCAUGUGCUGGUAGCCCAUUUUCACUACUUAAUUAACUCGUACUUUGGUCUGCGAACUGAGGAGGGUGAGCAGCUGAAAACUAACGAGACUCCCAUGGAGAAGAUCCCACCAUCUGACAAGUAUUAUUGUAAAAAGUGCAGUGCCAAUGCCAGCAGCCAGGAUGCAUUAAUGUAUCACAUUUUGACAUCGGAUAUACACAGGGAUUUGGAAAAUAAGCUUAGAUCUGUGAUUUCAGAACAUAUUAAGAGGACUGGACUCUUGAAGCAAAUGCAUAUUGCCCCCAAGCCAGCAGCACGUUUGGUUGUACCAACGAGCAGCAGUGCUCCGAGUGUCCCGGCCCCGCCUCCACGCUUCCAUCUGGCCUUGCCACAGAGCAGUCCGAGCCCAGCCACGGUGCAGCCGGUGACUGUGGCCCCGGGCACUCCCGGGAGCCUCACCCAUUCCCCACCAGCUGCUGCCCAGUCCCACGUGACUCUGGUCUCCAGCCCUCUGCCCGUGGGCCAGAACAGCCUCACCCUGCAGUCCUCAGCACCUCAGCCCGUCUUUCUUUCUCACGGGGUUCCGCUUCAUCAGUCUGUAAACCCUCCCGUAUUGCCCUUGAGUCAGCCAGUUGGACCCAUAAAUAAAUCUGUUGGAACUGGUGUCCUCCCCUUAAGUCCAACUGUCCGCCCUGGGGUUUUACCCCUCACCCAGCCUGUGGGGCCCAUAAGGCCUGGCGUCCUUCCUGUUAGUCCCUCUGUCACCCCGGGGGUUCUUCAGGCUGUCUCACCAGGGGUGAUUUCUGUGAGCCGGGCUGUCCCAGCAGGGGUCCUUCCUACAGGCCAGAUGACCCCUGCUGGGGUUAUCCCUGGACAGACGGCAACGUCUGGGGUUCUUCCUCCUGGUCAGAUGGUCCAGUCAGGGGUGCUCCCUGUUGGCCAGACGGCCCCGUCACGGGUUCUCCCUGCAGGCCAGGUGGUCCCAUCUGGGCUACUUUCUUCCAACCAGACGGUCUCCUCAGGUGGUGUCCCUGUGAGCCAGGGUGUGAAUUCUGGUGUUCUCCAGCUCAGUCAGCCUGUCAUGCCUGGAGUUCUCCCAGUGGGCCAGCCGGCAAGGCCUGGGGUUCUACAACUCAGCCAGCCAGUCAGUGCCAACAUUCUGCCUGUGAGCCAGCCGUUUAGACCCGGCACUUCCCAGAACACCACCUUCCUCACCUCAGGCUCUAUUCUCAGACAGCUCAUUCCCACAGGGAAACAAGUGAACGGGAUUCCGACCUACACGCUGGCCCCAGUGUCUGUCACUCUGCCGGUGCCCCCCGGAGGCGUGGCAACGGUGGCCCCACCACAGGUGCCCAUCCAGCUGCUGCCAUCGGGCACAGCAGCCCCGAUGGCUGGCUCCCUGCCCGGCAUUCCCUCGCCGUCGGUGCUGGUGAAUGCCUCCCAGAGCGUGUUCAUUCAGGCCUCUUGCUCCACGCCAGACACUAACCAGGUGCUCAAGCAGGCCAAGCAGUGGAAAACCUGCCCUGUUUGCAAUGAGCUCUUCCCCUCCAACGUCUACCAGGUCCACAUGGAGGUGGCCCACAAGCACAGCGAGUGCAGGGCUGGGGACAAGCUUGAGCCUGAGAAACUGGCAGCGUGUGCGCCAUUUCUAAAGUGGAUGAGAGAGAAGACGGUUCGCUGUCUCUCCUGUAAAUGCCUGGUCUCCGAGGAGGAGCUCAUACAUCACUUACUGAUGCAUGGCCUGGGUUGCUUGUUCUGUCCCCGCACGUUCCAUGACAUCCGAGGUCUGUCAGAGCACAGCAGGACCAUGCACCUGGGGAAGAAGAAGUUACCUGUGGAUUACAGUAACAAGGGUUUCCAAUUGGAUAUCGAUGCUAAUGGUAACCUGCUGUUCCCCCACCUUGACUUCAUUACCGUAUUGCCAAAGGAGGAGCUUGGGGAGCGGGAAGUCUACCUGGCCAUACUCGCCGGGAUACACUCCAAGUCCCUUGUGCCUGUGUAUGUGAAGGUGCGGCCUCUGGCCGAGGGCACGUCCGGCAGCCCCAGCAAGCAGGUGUUGACCUGCCCCUUCUGCUUUGGCACCUUCGUGGCGCCGGAGGCAUAUGAGCUGCACUUGAAGGAGAGGCACCACAUCAUGCCCACGGUACACACGAUUCUGAAGUCCCCUGCGUUCAAGUGCAUCCACUGCUGUGGGGUCUACACUGGGAACAUGACGCUGGCUGCCAUUGCCGUCCACCUGUUGCGCUGUAGGAGUGCCCCCAAGGACAGCGGCUCAGACCUGCAGGGCCAGCCUGACGCCGUCGAGAACAGUGAGCUGCUCUUGGUCAAUGGCGAGGUGGUCCAUGACGCCCCCUUCUCUGUGAAGAGAAAGCUGCCUGACGCCCACGUAGGGGCCGAAGACCAGAGGGGUGGGGAGGAGCCGCCUCUGGUCCUGAAAGUGGAUGCGGCCCCAGGUCCGGAAAAAGGGACGAGUGUUGUGCCUUUUAAAAGACAAAGGAAUGAAACCAGGACAGAGGGACCAGUCGUUAGCGAAGAUGCUCUUCAGAUUUUAGCAUUAGACCCUAAAAAAUAUGAAGACUGUUCUUAUGAAGAAAAAAAGCAAUUUCUUAGAGAUUAUUUCCAUAAGAGACCAUAUCCUAGUAAAAAGGAAAUAGAACUCUUAUCUUCACUCUUAUGGGUCUGGAAAAUUGAUGUGGCUUCAUUUUUUGGAAAAAGAAGGUAUAUUUGCAUGAAAGCAAUAAAAAAUCACAAGCCUUCUGUACUUUUAGGCUUUGACAUGUCUGAACUUAAAAAUGUUAAACACAGAUUGAACUUUGAGUAUGAACCACAAAACUUGUAAAAAAAAAAAAUUAGUAAAGCUAAAGUACUAGGUAAUAGUUUUUCAAUUGAGACUUUUAAAAAUGUUGUUUUCACUGCGUUGAAUUAAUCCCAGUGGUCUUUAUUGCUGCUCUUUAGACAUAUUUCAGGUGCUCAGAAAGGCUUCUAUGUAAGGAAGCGAAUAGUUCUUUCAGAUUUAUUGUAACAGUUAUUUUCAGUUUUUCCCUCUGUCAUGCAAAUCAAAUCUUUUGAUAUUUCAUGCACGCCUUGUUUUCCCAGCAGCGUCAGUUGUCAUAUGAUAAAAAACCUGAAAUCUACAAAUGUUUUUUUCAUUUAAGGAAAUUUCAGCCUGUUUCAGAAUACUUGAUGAACUGCAGCUAGAGCAUCGAUCUCCCUCAGCUUUGCGGGCAGCAGCCGCGAUGCAGGGAAUGGUGAGAGAUGCGGGUGCUAGUCCCGUGGUGUGCGUGGCUCCCUGAGGGCGCACUACAGUAACUCUUGCUGAUUUCUUCUUUGAAAGUUAUUUACUUAUUCGAUUGCAGUUUUGAUCUACA